UGAUAUGUCCAAAUUAAUUACAAAUAUUUUUGACAUUUCGUUUGUUUCUUUUUAUUUUUUACAUUAACAUGAGUACGGAAAACUUAAAUAACUGCAAGACGUGCGAAAUUAUUAAGAACGGAAGCAUUGGAGACAACUCGUCGAACUACUCGAGCGAUUAUGAAGAUUCUUCUGCCAAAACUGAUUCUUUGGAUAAGGAUCUUAAUCUGGAGUCGUUAAAAUUAGAUUUUAGCGAAGGCAAGUCUUUAAAAAGUGAGAAUAAUUCUAGAAGGAUCCCGGUGGUUCGAAACAAAACUUUUUCUUCGGAGAAAAUUAGAGAAAUCGAACGGGGAAACGCGAUGCUUGUCGAUAAAAUAUUGUAUCAUACCAGAAGACCGAAUCAAUAUGUUCAAACCAAAGCUGCGGCCCCUAAGGUGACCAGCUCAGAAAUAAAUAGGAGAAGGCGGCAAGAUAAGAUAAAUAGAGAAAAUCAGAUUUUACUGAAGAAAAUUCAAACGGUUAAGCCAGCAGUUCGAUAUUAAAACUGACGAAAGUUGAGACAGAUACUUCAACACACAUAGGCAAUUUAUAUUUACAUAAGUAUACAUAAAUUAGAGGAAACAAUUCUGUGAAAUAUAAUAUUAUAUAUUAUUGUU